AUGCAAAACGGGAAAGCACGCCUGAAGAAGCGGAAAACAUUCCUGGUGGAGGGGAUUGCCGGCAACGGGAAGCGUGUAUUCCCGGGAAACGGGGUGCCGUUCUGGACGAAAGGUAUCAUUUUCAAGAAAGAAGAGAUGAGAUGCAAACCCGGCGAAGGAGGGGUACCAUUUGCGAUGGGAAGAAGCAAGAUAUGCAAGAAAAUGGGGCACUAUUGUGCAGUGGCAAAGGUGAUGUCCAAUGAAGACCGGAAGCCCGAAAGCCGAGUACCACCGGAGACAAAAUGCGGUGCACUUCUUCCCCUUCGAAACAAGCAUCAUUGCUGCUGA